AUGGCCGAACUUGGUGGGCGGGAGUACUUCAAUCUUGGCAAGCGGCGGAAGGUCCUGCCACGACAGACACUGUCUACUGCAGUGGCGACUCCUAGCUCCGGAAACAGCGAUGCAGCCGCAACAGCGACCUCGAAUAAUGACACAGGAGCGACUUCUAAUGCACCUUCGGGAGCGACGACUUCCUCUCCUUCUGGACCUACAGGCAGGCAGAACCCGUCGGAUUCGACUGCUGAUGCGUCCAACCCGACCGAACCGUCCGCAUCGAACAAUAACGGCUCCACUAAUGGUACUUCACAACCUCCCUCGUCAGGCCCUUCCUCCGACGGCCCAACGUCCAAUCCUACUACGCAACCUACAAGCCAACCCCCCACGUCAGGUCCGACCACCCAACCUACAACGACACCUCCGACGACACCUCCUACUUCACCACCCACUAGCGGUCCUUCCUCAAACCCCACAUCACCGCCAACGUCUGAUCCGUCGUCUCCUACCUCUCAGCCAUCCUCACCACCAUCAUCUCAGCCGACCUCCCUGUCGUCGUCGUCCGACCCUUCCACUCAGUCGUCCUCUCAACCUUCAUCUCCACCGCCGACUUCACUGCCGCCCACCAGUUCCACCUCCGCACCGCCUACUACUUCGCCUCCGAGCGAGACACCGCUGGGUCUUGCGGGGAACUCUACCUCCGGCACCUCUAGUACCACGGCUACGACGCGGGACAUCAUCGCCGGCACAGUAGGCGGAGCAGCCUUUCUCAUCCUAGUCGGCGCCAUUUUCCUCUUUUAUCGCCGACACCAGUCGAAGAAGUCAUCCUUCUUCAAGCGCAUGCAGCCUAAGCCUCGCACGGGUCUGCUCGACGGCGAGGACAUCGACGACUACGACUUGGGCACCCCCAUGGCGCGCUACCGCGACUAUCCGGUUUCCGUCGCCUCGGAGCACUCCCGCUCCAUCACGAACGAAAGCCCAGGCCGGUCUCCACUCGCGCGCGACUUCAAUGCGCCCUCUCCCGGGCCCUCGCUCAUGGCCGCACCUAUGGACCCGCACCGCGCGCCCACGCCCAACACAGGCGGCCUCCCACCCGGAGCCGCGGUGCCCCACCUCCUAGGCAUGCGCGCCGAGACCGGGUCCAUCUUCCGCGAGGCUGUGUGGCCGCCCCCAGGCCAGACCAGCAACUUCGUCGACCCCCUCAAGGCCGCGUCCUCGGUCGACCUGAGCAAGAUCAUCGACGACGUCAUGGGCCCCAGCCCGACGGCCUCUUCCCAGGCGCAUCCCCCUAGCGCGUUCCGCCAGCGGCAGGGGGCGCACACGGGGAGCGCGAGCGGGAGCACGACGUCGCUCAUCGGGGACGACCCCUUCGCGUCGCUCUCGAACCUCCAGACGCACUCGCGCGAGACGAGCGAGACGCCGCUCCUCUCGAAAGCGAACACGAGCACGCCUGGCUUCUUCGAGUCUCGGAGGCCCAUCUCGGUCCCUGAGACCCCUGGCUCGCCGAUGCCCCCGCCUAGCAUGGGACCGCUGUUCGUAACGAACAUGGGCCCGCUGUCGCCAUCGUCGACGAUCUCGCAUUCGCCGACCUUCACGCAGUCGCAGCAGCAGGCGCUCGGGCAGACGACGUCGCCCACGGUGACGACCCCGACAACGCAGUCGCUGACGAGCGAUGGGCACGAUGUUGGUGAGGCUUUGUGA